AUGCCUUCAUCAUGUCUAGCUAAACCACAUAUGAGCCUUGCCACUGAUCAAACUGCCCUUCUUGCCUUAAAAACACGCAUAACCGCAGACCCUUCUCGUGUUCUUGCAAGAAACUGGACCAACUCGAGCUCCGUAUGCAGCUGGAUUGGCGUCGCUUGCAGCUUGCGUCACCAAAGAGUAGCCGCCUUGAAUCUCUCAUACAUGUCUCUCUCCGGCACCAUCCCACCACAGCUCGGCCACCUCUCCUUCCUCGUCUCCCUCGACCUCACCAGCAACCUCUUCGUUGGCGCUUUGCCUCCGGAGCUUUCUCUCCUUCACCGUUUGAAGUUCAUAUCUCUCCUACUCAACAACUUCACCGGAGACAUCCCCGCAUUGUUUGGCCAACUACCAAAACUAGAGUACUUGAACUUACGGAACAACAGUUUCACAGGAUCCAUUCCGAAAUGCCUCUCGAAUCUAACAAACCUACAAUUUCUUGACUUGACUUACAAUUUUCUUAAUGGUGAAAUUCCACAAGAGUUGGGGAGACUUCAAAGUCUGCAGUUUUUGAGGGUACAAUUUAAUCGUCUCUCCGGUGCUAUACCAUUAGCCAUCUUCAACAUAUCGACCCUUGUGUCUAUAGCAUUGACGAGCAACGAACUGAGUGGAAGUCUUCCAACAGAUAUGUGCCAUAAUCUUCGCAAUCUUGACCGGAUUCUUCUUUCUCAAAACCAUUUGACCGGUCCGAUUCCAACAAAUUUUUCCAGAUGCUCACAACUAAGGAGCUUGUCCAUCUCUUACAACUCUUUUAGUGGGCAGAUACCUGCAGAAAUCGGCUCUCUAACGUCUCUUCAGCAUUUAUAUAUCGGUGGCAACAAUUUGAACGGUACACUACCACAUGAGAUUGGCAAUCUUGAGAGCCUAGUUGUUUUUGGUGCUGAAAGCAAUCAGAUUGGGGGCUCAGUUGAUUUUAAUGUCUUCAUGAAUAUGUCUUCUCUGCAAACAUUACUACUAUGGCGCAACAAAUUCAUAGGAAACUUAUCAAGGGAUGUUGGAAAUCUCACAAUGCUUACAAGCCUACAACUCCAUGAGAACUACUUGACAGGUCUUAUUCCCCCUGAACUUGGCAAACUUUACCAACUGGAGGAAUUGCUAUUAGAGUUAAACAACUUGAGUGGUUCGAUUCCACAUGAGAUUUUUAACAUUUCAACUCUUCGAAAUCUUGCACUUUCUUUCAAUGCUCUAUCAGGCGUUCUUCCGACCCAUCUGUGUCAUGCUUCUCCCAUUCUCGAACAACUUCAUCUUAGCAUGAAUCUCAUCGCUGGAUCGAUACCCAACUCUAUCUCUAACUGUUCUAAACUCACAAUCCUCGCACUUGCUACAAACAAAUUCAGUGGUUAUAUACCCAAUGAUCUCGGCAACCUAAGACUUCUCCAAAGUCUUGAAUUGUUCAGCAACAACCUUCAUGCACCAGCUUCUUUACUAUCGGGCUUCAUUACUUCAUUGGCAAAUUGCAUGCUACUUACUCGUUUGUUGAUUACUGAUAAUCCUCUGUACGGUGUCAUUCCAGCUGCUGUAGGGAAUUUAUCUUCCUCGCUCCAAGGAUUCUAUGCUGGCAGCUGCAAAUUCAGUGGCAACAUUCCUGUCGAAAUAGGUAAUUUGAGUGGUUUGGUGGUAUUGGAACUAGCUAACAAUGAGUUAUCUGGUAAUAUUCCACCUACUAUCAAACAUCUGCUCCAGCUUCAAGGAUUAUCGCUCAAUGAUAACAUGUUGGGAGGCUCCAUUGGAGAGGCUAUAUGUGACUUGCACACUUUGAAUUCUGUAAACAUUAGCCAUAACCAAUUUUCAGGUCCAAUUCCUAAAUGUUUGGGAAAUGUGUCUUCUUUGAGACAUAUUUUUCUAGACUCCAACAUGUUGAAUUCAAGCAUACCGUCAACCUUAUGGGGCCUUACAGAUCUGAUGAGUCUUGACUUGUCCUCAAACUCAUUCAGAGGGUUUUUACCUAAAGAGAUAAGUAACUUAGGAGCAGCAAUCUCUAUAGAUCUAUCAAUGAAUCACUUGACAGGGUCUAUUCCAAGUAGUAUUGGGAAGUUACAGAGUUUGGUUAGUCUAUCUUUGUCAAAUAAUAGGCUACAAGGUUCAAUUCCUGUGUCUGUGGGAAACAUGAUUAGCUUGGUAACUCUUAAUUUGUCCUACAACAACCUCUCAGGUUCAAUUCCAAAGUCUCUGGAAGCACUUCAACACCUCAGCUACUUCAAUGUCUCUUUCAAUACUCUAAGCGAAGAAAUUCCUAGUGGUGGUUCUUUUAGAAACUUCACUAUUGAUUCUUUCAGAGGUAAUGAGGCAUUGUGUGGAAUUCCAAGGUACCAUGUCCGGAUUUGCUCAGCAGUUUCUAAUCCUGGAUCAAAAAGGAAGAGAGUAGAACUAGCUUUAUUUAUUAUUUUAGGUGUUGUGGGCUUCAUUUCAGUUGUUUCUCUAGCCUUAAUCUUUGUUAGAUAUAGAAGGAAAGAUGAGAUAACUAGUAGAGCUGAUGAGUUGAUGUCAGGAGUGCCAGAAAGAGUUUCUUAUUACGAAUUACUGCGAGGAACUGAACAGUUCAAUGAGAGAAACUUGAUUGGCACCGGAAGUUAUUGUUCAGUUUACAAAGGAAUUCUUAAUAAUGGUAAGGUUGUUGCUGUCAAGGUGUUUAAGAUGCAACUGGAUGGAAUUUCAAGAAGAUUUGAUAUUGAAUGUGAAAUACUAAGUAGCAUUCGGCACAGGAACCUGGCAAGCGUCAUAAGCAGUUGCUCCAAUGAAGAGUUCAAGGCAUUAAUUCUUGAAUAUAUGCCGAAGGGAAAUCUUGAGAAAUGGUUAUAUUCCCAGAACUAUUGCCUGAAUGUGAUGGAAAGAUUGAAUAUAAUGAUUGAUGUAGCAUCUGCUUUUGAGUAUCUUCACUAUGGCUAUACAACAGCCAUUGUCCACAAUGACUUGAAGCCCAGUAAUGUGUUGUUAGAUGACGACAUGGUUGCUCAUGUAAGCGAUUUUGGGAUAGCAAAGUUGUUGGGAGAUGAGAAUAGCUUUGUCAUAACCAACACCCUAGCAACCUUAGGUUACAUAGCUCCAGAAUAUGGCUCGGAAGGGCUAAUUUCGACAAUGGGAGAUGUGUAUAGCUUCGGUAUUAUGAUGAUGGAAACUUUCACUAGAAAAAGGCCUAGUGAUGAUAUGUUUGGUGGAAAUUUAAGCUUAAAGAGAUGGGUCGAACUCUCGAUUCCACAGAAGCCAGAUGAAGUGAUAGAUGCUAACUUAGUAAUGAAUUUGGAGGAAGAACAGAUUGACAACAAUGUGCAGUGUGUAUCAGCUAUACUUGAAUUGGCUUUGAAAUGCACUGCCGACUCUCCUAUGGAUAGAAUCAACAUGAAAGAAGCAAAUGCACAAUUGCAGAAAAUCAGAAUUUCGAUUUCACCAAUGAGAUCGAAGUAAGCUGUCUCAAUGUGCCAAUGAGAUCGAAGUAAGCUCCUCAAAGCUCUCUCUGCUUUUACAAGAUAGUAAGAUACUAAUAUUGUUCCAUUACUGUUAGGAAGAAUUCAGCAUAAUCAUGCCAAUGACUGCAUUCUUUCACCAUUAUCAUGAUAUCAUCAACCAAAUAGUAAUUGCUAAGAUAUAUCUAGCUGAUUUUGUGUAACUAGUUUCAGCAAUUUCACAGAAUGUAGAUUAUUCACAAAUUCCCAUUGGAAUCAAUCAAUAAACAAAGUUAUGUGGAAAUAGCAGUAAUUUUGUGUGGGAUGGGAGUCGGGGUGCAUUACCCUGUGAAAACUACAGCAAUCUUCGGCUCAGAGCAGGCCUUCAACGGCAGUGCAAGGUGGC